GACCAACCGGUUUUGAGGCGGCUUGCCGACGUACUUCCGGUGCUCCAGUCACCUCGCUCCCUCCCGAUGCUACCCGGUCGGGCUUGGCUGCGGGAGCGUAAUGGCGGUGCACCGGGGUCCCUCAACGAAAUGGCUUUUCACCCGGGAGCAGCUGGAGAACACGCCGUCCCGACGCUGCGGGAUCGAGGCCGACAGGGAGCUCUCUUACCGACAACAAGCCGCCAACCUGAUCCAAGACAUCGGCCAGAGGCUCAACGUCUCCCAACUGAUCAUCAACACCGCUAUAGUAUACAUGCACAGGUUCUACAUGAUCCACUCAUUCACCAAGUUCCAUAGAAAUAUGAUCUCCCAGACAACAUUGUUCCUGGCUGCUAAAGUUGAGGAGCAGCCCAGGAAGUUGGAGCAUGUCAUUAAAAUAGCUCAUGCCUGCAUUAACCCCCAAGAGACAGCUCUGGACACUAAAAGCAAUGCAUUCCAUCAGCAGUCACAGGAGCUUGUAGCCCUGGAAACCAUUGUACUGCAAACGCUGGGUUUUGAAAUUACAAUAGACCACCCGCACACAGAUGUUGUGAGGUGUUCCCAGCUCGUCAGAGCAAGCAAGGAUUUGGCACAGACUUCCUAUUUCAUGGCUACCAACAGUUUGCACCUCACCACGUUCUGCCUGCAGUACCGGCCCACGGUGGUCGCCUGCGUCUGUAUCCACCUGGCGUGCAAGUGGUCCAACUGGGAGAUCCCGGUGUCGACCGACAGCAAGCACUGGUGGGAGUACGUGGACCGCACAGUGACUCUGCAGCUGCUGGACGAGCUCACGCACGAGUUCCUUCAGAUCCUGGAGAAAACGCCCAGCAGGCUGAAGAGGAUACGAAACUGGAGGGCUAUUCAAGCUGCUAAAAAGCCAAAGACGGAGGGUGCGGCUGUGGACGGCGCCUUCCAGGGGACUUCCUUAGACGGCCUUCCCGGCGUCGCGGGCUCCUUCUUCCCUUCCACGUCGUCGUCAGACUCGACGGACAUGUCCUCCCUCGGCGCCUACACGUCCUACCAGCCGCUGGGCGACCCUUUCUCUCAGCCGGCGCAUUCGGACUUCACCGUGCUGAAACAUGAACACAAAGCUGCUAGCAAAACCCUCGCUGUGAACGCCGCCCCUUUCCCGCGGCCGCAGAAAGUCUUGACUCUGGAAAAGUACCGAGAGAAACACGCGGCGGAGCUGGCUCUGCAAAACGGCGGCAAAGAGGAGGCCGGCUCGGACAUGUACGCGCCGCCGGCCGCCACGACGUCGCACCACCACAAGAAGCGCUCUCAGGCGCUGGCGGGGAGCCAGUCGGGCGACGGGCGGCGGGAGAAAUCCAAAAAGAAUCGGGCGCCCGCGUCCUUUGCCGAGAACGGCUCGGCUACCAGCGAGGAACUCAAGAUGAGAAUCAAGGUUUCCUCAGAGCGCCACGGCGGCGCCGAUCAGGGCAAAGACAAGCACAAGGAGCACGCGGGCCACCGCCACUCCAAACACGGCCACUCCCACCCGUAUUCUCUCAGCGCCAACUGCCGGAUGGACGCCGCCUCCGUCUCCUUGCGAACCGCCAACAGCCACGGCGGCGACGGGAGCUCAGGCCCCUCCCGAAAGAGGCCUCACGCCGACGGCAGCCACCAUCACCACUCGUCAAAGAGCAGCAGGAGCUCCAAAGCGGCCCUCGGCCCGGCUCACUACGCCGACGGUGGCCAGAGGACGAUGGAGCACCGCGGCCAUGACGGCACCAACGGCCUGUUGACGGCCAACGGCCAACACACGGACUACAAAGACACCUUCGACAUGCUGGACUCGCUACUAAGUGCCCAAGGAAUGAACUUGUAACCUCAGGCGCCACCGGAUUACCCUUCGGAACGGACUUCUUCAAAAAAGAUUUUAUUUGUCUUAAGUUAUAUGAACUCCGCAUCGCCCACACUGCUGACGUCAUGCAUCGAGCCGUGUGCGACCAAGACAUGGCUGGAAGGUGAAAUGUUCCUUUAACCAACUUUAAUGUGCAUGUUUUAAGUCGUGAAAGGGAAGUGGCGUAGCUACUAGUACUUGCAGCCAUAACCACAGUUUACAGUUAAUUUAUGUCUUUCUUUUUUUUUGUGUUCCGCUGAAUAUCUCAGGUCUUGAAGUUUUUUAAUAUAAGAAAGAAACUUUGGGUUUGGCGCCUGCUUCUGUGGAGAACUGACGCAUCGUCCAAUCGACACCAGAACUUUGGUACCUCCCAGGGGACCAGUCUGCUUUUUUGUUUUUGUUUUAUUCGGUCCCUUACAAUCAACCCCCGGCCCCUAAAAAAGAAAAGGCAGUUCCUGAGCUCCACGCGCAGACCCAACUUGGCUCCGCUAUUGAAGUUUACGUGACAUCUGUGAAAAAGUGCAUUUCUGAUCCAUUGACUUAAAUUGCCAGAGGCCUUUUGAUUGUACCGAGUCGCUCCCGAUGCACGUAGUUGUCCGAAAAUACCAACGUCUGAUUCAAGAUGGUGUACAUAGGACCGCAGUUGACUUUUACGGUUCAUGCUCGAAGCCUUCGAUGUCUCUUGAAAUUUAAAGCCGACUGUUGAUGAACUUAUCUUCAAUUUGUGUAUUGGGAACCCAAAUAAAAGUGAAAAGGUGA